AUGAAUAGGUGAAUUUUCCCCAGAGAUUUUCUUUCAGUUUUUGAUCUGGAUAAAUGUUGUUGUGACAGAUUCGAAUUAUUCUCAUUUUGCAAAUCCAAUGUGUGAGGCUUUUUGGGUUUUUUAAAAACCUGAACGGGAACAGGAUAUUUGCUAGAAUUGUGGUUUUCUGGCCUAUAUAAAGUGCUUUGUGAAAAUAUUCUUUUUCCAGUCACAGAAGAGUAG